AUGUUUUCACAUUGCUUCAGGAGUCUUUUUUACCUUUGGACCCCAUGUUCUUGCUCGAUCAGAUCCCUCGGUGUUUCCUCCAAAAGGACCUUGAAGCGUCUCAACUCGCUUAAGCCGGAUGUGAUCUCCUACACGGCCCUCGUGUCUCACAUGGCUGGUAUGGCGGACGGCGUCGCGCGGUGGUGGAUGAGUGUCAGACUUCUGCAAGAGCUGCGACAGCAAGGGCUUUCGCCGAACCGCGUGAGCCUCAAUAGCCUCAUGGCGACCCUCCCGUGGCUCGUGGCACUGACAUCGGUCUUGGCCAUUGACGGUCCCGGAGCCGCAAAUCCGGCAGCCGACGUGGUGAGCUGCAACACGGCGAUGGAUGCAUGCGCGAAAGCAGCACAGUGGGGCAGAGCCUUUGAACUGAAAGAGCAGAUGGGCUUGAACGCCUUGAAGACGGACGUCAUCACCUCGAGCGCUUUGCUCACGGCUUGCGAAGGAGCUGCAGUUUGGCCCACGGGUGUCAGAUGGCUCUCGGCUUCCGUGGUCACCUUCUGCGGUGCGCUGAGCCUUUUGGCCCGCCGGAGCGUGGAGCUCUGGCGCGGAGCGCUGCAGAUCUUCUCAGCUCACAAGGCCGAGCUGCUGCGGCCCAACUGCUAUGCCUACAGCGCGAUGGCGAGCUCUUUAGGAGCCCAGGGAGCCUGGAAAGGGGUAUUUCUGCUGCUGGCGAGCUUUAAAGCAUCGCUCCGCCUGCCGCUCCGCCGGGUCCGCGACCCCGACGCCUUCCGCUUCCGCCGCAGCCCCGACCGAGGCAACGGGGCUGCGCAUGGACACGAUUCUGCGUAGUUCCUUGGUGAAUGUCUAUCAAGAAGGCCAUCACUGGAAAGGUGCCCUGGACAUGUUGGAGGCGCCCAACCUCGUCGCCUACUGUGCCGUGAUGGGCGCCACGUCCUCCGCGUCGCGCACGCCGCGCCCUCCGCACGCGUGGCGCCGCGCGGUGCAGCUCUACGCGGCGCUGCAGUGGGCGCGCGUGGGUGCUUUGAGCGCCUGCAGCACGGUGUGCGGCGCGCUGGAGGCGGAGAGGAGCGCGAGGAGCACCAGCUCGGCGGAGCUCUGGGUGGAGUUGCAGAGGAGAGCGCUCAGUGUGCUGAAGCG